GAGCUCGCGCCCCCCCAGCCGGCUGUGCGCACAUCAAAGCUCCUCUCCGCCGCGCACAGUGGCCGCAGCUCACUAAUGGGAUUGCAGGCUGGUGCCUGGCUCCGCUGCUGCCGUCGCUGCUGCUCGUGCUGCUGCUGCUGCCGCCGCCGCCGCCGCCCGAGCCCGAGCCCCCGCCAGCCCUCACCCAGAGCCGCCGCGCCCCGGGGUCGAAGCCGCGGUGAUGAUCCGCAUCUUCCCGGAUUUCAGCGUACAGGUGACGGCCGCGGCGGCCGGCGGGGCGGCCGCAGGGGUACCGGCCGGAGCGGGCAUGGGAAGGGCCGGCGCCGCAGCCAACGGCACCCCGCAGAACGUCCAGGGCAUCACCUCCUACCAGCAGCGAAUAACUGCCCAGCAUCCUCUGCCCAACCAAUCAGAAUGUAGGAAAAUCUACAGAUAUGACGGAAUCUACUGUGAAUCAACCUACCAGAAUUUACAAGCCUUGAGAAAGGAGAAAUCCCGAGAUGCUGCUCGCUCCCGCCGGGGAAAAGAAAAUUUUGAGUUCUAUGAAUUGGCCAAGUUGUUGCCUCUUCCUGCGGCCAUCACCAGCCAGCUUGACAAGGCUUCCAUCAUUCGACUUACAAUUAGCUAUCUGAAAAUGAGGGACUUUGCUAACCAGGGGGACCCUCCGUGGAACUUGCGAAUGGAAGGCCCUCCACCUAAUACGUCAGUAAAAGGGAUACAAAUGUGGAAAUCUGAACUCUGCAUGAGAAAGACACCAUGUGAAGUUAUAGGUGCACAACGAAGGAGAAGCCCCAGUGCACUAGCCAUUGAAGUAUUUGAAGCACAUUUGGGAAGUCACAUUUUACAGUCCCUAGAUGGAUUUGUAUUUGCACUAAACCAAGAAGGAAAAUUUUUGUACAUUUCCGAAACUGUCUCCAUCUACCUAGGCCUCUCACAAGUGGAGCUGACAGGAAGCAGUGUCUUUGACUAUGUCCACCCAGGGGACCACGUGGAGAUGGCAGAGCAGCUGGGCAUGAAGCUCCCGCCUGGGCGGGGUCUCCUCUCGCAGGGCACUGCUGAGGACGGAGCCAGCUCAGCAUCUUCCUCCUCUCAGUCGGAGACCCCAGAGCCAGUGGAGUCAACGAGCCCCAGUCUGCUAACCACUGACAACACCCUUGAGCGCUCCUUUUUCAUCCGAAUGAAAUCUACUCUGACCAAACGCGGUGUGCACAUCAAAUCAUCAGGAUAUAAGGUGAUUCACAUAACAGGCCGGCUCCGCCUGAGAGUGUCGCUGUCCCACGGGAGGACUGUCCCCAGCCAAAUCAUGGGUCUCGUGGUUGUGGCCCAUGCCUUGCCUCCCCCUACGAUCAAUGAAGUCAGAAUCGACUGCCAUAUGUUCGUCACUCGAGUAAAUAUGGACCUCAAUAUCAUUUACUGUGAAAAUAGGAUUAGUGAUUAUAUGGAUCUGACCCCUGUAGACAUUGUAGGGAAGAGAUGCUACCACUUCAUCCAUGCCGAAGACGUCGAGGGCAUCAGGCAUAGCCAUUUGGACUUGCUGAAUAAGGGUCAGUGUGUGACGAAGUACUAUCGCUGGAUGCAGAAGAAUGGAGGAUAUAUUUGGAUACAGUCUAGUGCCACCAUAGCUAUUAAUGCCAAGAACGCAAAUGAGAAGAAUAUCAUCUGGGUGAAUUAUCUUCUUAGUAAUCCUGAGUACAAAGACACACCAAUGGAUAUUGCACAGCUCCCUCAUCUGCCAGAGAAAACUUCUGAAUCCUCAGAGACAUCCGACUCUGAAUCAGACUCUAAAGACACCUCAGGUAUUACAGAGGACAAUGAGAACUCCAAGUCCGAUGAGAAGGGAAACCAGUCCGAGAACAGCGAGGACCCAGAGCCCGAUCGGAAGAAGUCGGGCAACGCGUGCAACAACGACAUGAACUGCAACGACGACGGCCACAGCUCCAGCAACCCGGACAGCCGCGACAGCGACGACAGCUUCGAGCACUCGGACUUUGAGAACUCCAAGGCCGGCGAGGACGGCUUCGGCGCUCUGGGCCCGAUGCAGAUCAAGGUAGAGCGCUACGUGGAGAGCGAGUCGGACCUGCGGCUGCAGAACUGCGAGUCACUCACUUCUGACAGCGCCAAGGACUCGGACAGCGCAGGCGAGGCGGGCGCGCAGGCCUCCAGCAAGCACCAGAAGCGCAAGAAGCGAAGGAAAAGGCAGAAGGGCGGCAGCACCAGCCGCCGGCGCCUGUCCAGCGCGUCGAGCCCUGGAGGCCUGGACGCGGGCCUGGUGGAGCCCCCGCGGCUGCUGUCUUCCCCAAACAGUGCCUCGGUGCUCAAGAUCAAGACGGAGAUCUCGGAACCCAUCAACUUCGACAACGACAGCAGCAUCUGGAACUACCCGCCCAACCGGGAGAUCUCCAGGAAUGAGUCCCCCUACAGCAUGACCAAGCCCCCCAGCUCCGAGCACUUCCCGUCUCCCCAAGGCGGCGGGGGCACUGGGGGGCUGCACGUGGCCAUCCCGGACUCGGUCCUCACCCCUCCGGGGGCCGACGGCGCGGCCUCCCGCAAGACUCAGUUCAGCGCUUCAUCCACUGCUGCCCUGGCCCCCGUCACCUCCGACCCGCUGUCGCCCCCACUCUCGGCAUCUCCGCGGGACAAGCACCCCGGGGGCGGGGGCCCAAGCGCGUCCAACUCUUUGCUGUACACUGGGGACCUGGAGGCGCUGCAGCGGUUGCAGGCGGGCAACGUCGUGCUCCCACUGGUGCACAGGGUGACCGGGACCCUGGCCGCCACUAGCACGGCCGCGCAGAGGGUCUACACAACGGGCACCAUCCGCUACGCGCCCGCCGAGGUGACCCUGGCCAUGCAGGGCAACCUGCUGCCCAACGCGCACGCUGUUAACUUCGUGGACGUUAACAGCCCGGGCUUCGGCCUUGAUCCCAAGACGCCCAUGGAGAUGCUCUACCACCACGUGCACCGGCUCAACAUGUCGGGACCCUUCGGCGGCGCCGUGAGCGCGGCCAGCCUGACACAGAUGCCCGCCGGCAACGUGUUCACCACGGCGGAGGGACUCUUCUCCACGCUGCCCUUCCCAGUGUACAGCAACGGCAUCCACGCGGCACAGACUCUGGAGCGCAAGGAGGACUGAGGUGCCCCCCAGCGGUGGGCAGGGUUCCGCUCGGAGGCAUCGUCGGCGUUUUCGUUUAGACCUUUAAUUCUAGCACUUUGAAUUCGAGCAGGUCAGCGUCUUCUGUCAACACGACGGUCCCCAUCCCAUUCUUUUUCUUUAACUUGACUCAUUCUUUCGUGUAAAGAUAUAUUUUUCACCUUCAGAGGGUCAGAUGACCAGUUGCCUGCCAUUUUGUCUUCUUCUAAGAUGUGUGUUGGGUUUUUCUUUCCUUUGCAUCUUUAUUAAGAUGUCUUUAAUGUGUAUAUGCCUCUGCCAUAGAAUACUCAGUCUUGUGGUUCAAGAGAUUUUUCAAGUGACAACCAUUGGGUUUUCGUCAUAAGGAUCUUGAUAUGAUCAAGAUUAAAAGAGACAAGCAUAAACAUUGUGCCCUGUUUGACUAAGUCAAAUGAAAUGGGGUGGUUUUUUGCUUUUGUUCUUAAUUCCUUUAAAAAUAGGGAAUAGUAUUUUAGAACUUUAUGCAGAAUUUAAUUCUCUUUUUAUGGUUAAGAUUUUAAGAUUUUCUUACUUGCACAUAAAAAUAAUUUGGGUUCUUAAACUUAAUUUCUGGCCUGUGACUAGAAUGUUUAAAAACAAAGUUGGACUAAAUGUUAAUUACUGAAACAUUAACUUAAUUUCUAAAACCAUGGUGCUAUCAUUUAUUAAUCUGUAAUGUCUUCAUACAAAAUGCAGCUCCUGGGCUGGGUUUUGGAAAAGAAUGUGUUCUGUCCUGGUCUGGAGUCCGUUGCUGCAGUUUCCUUGGUUAGUUAAGACAAAGCCCUCAUUAACGUUUGCUGCAGGACUUAAAAUUUUUUACCUCCCAACUAACAAACAUAGCCUCACAUUAAAUUUAAUGGGUCACUAAAGCUCUUUUUAAAGGGGCUUUUGGAAAACUCAAUCAAACUGAUUUGAGGAGCAGUUUAGGUACAUACUGCCUUUUGUUGAACUUUUUUCCUUUUCUCAGUCUAACUGAGGCUACUUUAGCAACUUCAAUAACACUUCAGAGUAAAAGAAGGAAAAAAAAACUAUUUAACAUGUUUUUGUUUUGUUUCAUUUCUUGCUAAAUAAAGGAAGGUUGUAUUUGGGGGGACUGAUUUGAUGGAUGUUUUUCCCUUUGGUUCUCUUAUUUCUAGGUUGAAACCAAUAAGUUUUAAAACUAAAGAAUGGGUUAAUACACUUCAGAUAGAUAACUGCAACUGAAAACUGCACAUUAAGUAAGAAAAAGAAAAAGAAAAAAAAGGAAAAAAAGAAAAAAAUAUCCUAUUUUGUCUUUGUUGCCAGAAAUCAGUGUAGUGUCAAACACUCCAAAUGACUGUCAAGUAUAAAUUCUUCUUCCACUCCGUUUUUGGCAGCUGUUUGUUAAGGCAUCUAAUAACAGAUGUGAGAACUGUAAUGUGUACAAUGUGUACGUGUCCUUGGCUGUCAGUCCCAUUGCAGUUUCAAUGUGUGUUUCUAUAUGCAGUAUAUACUAAGCUAAUGUAGUUGUUUUGUCCUUUGUCUUCUCUGUGCUCUAUCUCUAGUCUGGAGUGGUACGAUCCCAUUCCUGCAGUCCUAGUGAAUCAGUGAUUCUUGGGGGUUAGUGGUUUUUGUGUGGUGGCCUUCCUCUGUAAUGUCACCCUAUGCUGCUUCUACUGUCUGUGAACCUUCCGUUUUACUUUUUAAAUUCCUGCUGUUGCUUUGCUGGUGUAUAUUCUCCCUACCUGUCCUUUCUUUCUCUCCCUCUCCCCUCUCCCCUUUUCCCCUUCUUCUCCCCACCCCACCUCCAAAAUCUUCUUCAUUCUCAGAGAUAAAGACUCUUAACUAGCUCAAGGUUAAUGGAGCCAUUUUUCCCACAACAGAAUUCUGGGUAUGACUCGCUCUUCUGGAGUGCAACACAAAGCACUGAAGAUUAAUGCUCAGAUAUAUUAAAUAAAUCGAUGCCAUAUAGCCUCAGUUGUUAACAUUCCCAGAGUCCCUUGUGCUCUACCUAUAAAGCAGUGGGUGCUUUUCUUUGGUUUCCUUCCAGGUUGGCUGAUGGAGCAAUAUAUAAAGCAAUUACCAGUGAGACAGAAAAUUAUUUCAAAGGUCAACCAACAUUUUUAAAAAAUAAAAGGGGAGGGGUAAUGGAAUAUAGAAUUGUCAUAUAUAUUUGUUUAUGCGUGUGCAAUGCUAAUAUAGUAACCCAGCUGUCCUUUGAAUAUCACUGUGUUAAGUGGAUUCCUCUGGGACCUUUGAAUUCUAUGAGUUGGGCCCAAACCACGGUGGAAUCGGAACAAAAAGAAGUUAAAUGCCGCCAAUUUUAGUAGUGCGCUUACUUGAAGGAGUUAAAUAGGUUUAAAAGGUGAAGAGAGCCGAUCGAGAAAUUUAAAGAUUAAUUUUGGAAGCUCUACUCUAGCUAUCGAACAAUCAAAGGAAUGCACCUAUCAGCUACAAAGAACAGCUAGACAGCUGUUUUUUUUUUUUCUUUUAUAAAUGUUUCUGUGUUGUGUCAAAAUGACUUCUGGUGAUUUAAACUAACAGAUAAUCACAGCUGCUGUCUAAAUCCAUAGUGUUUAAAAUUACAAAAUGAAAAAAAAAAAAACACUUCAUUACCUGUGAAGACUGUGUCUGUGUUUUUAACUAUUUCUUGUACAAAUAUAUGAAAACUUUUAUGAGGAGACUGGUGCCAAGUAGCUGAAUAAUUGGGGAAAGGGAUAUUCUGUUCGUAAAAAUCUUAGCCGUGUUACCAACUCUACAAUAUAUAUAUAUAAAAAAAUUAAAACGUUACAAAGCGACAGCUAUGGUACAUUUGUUUUGUGUGAAGCUAACCGGACCUAACUUCCUGAGUGCCUGGCUUAUUUUGAAACAUUUUUUUUUCAUUGACCAUUGAUAAUGCUGCAAAUCAGAAAUGUACAUACUUCAUUUACAACAGGGUUCUUUUUUAUACUUUUGUAGAUUCUCAUACAUGUCACAUACAUGGUUGUCUUUAUGUAACUUAAUUUUUUCAUCCGCAGGUGCCAUUUUCAUAAUAAACUUCUCUUGGAUUUGUUAC